GGCAGCCAGACCUGAAGUGACUUAGGGUUGCUAUGGCUAUGUCCUUGUUACUUCUCAAUUGUCUGAAUGUUCUUUUUCUCCUGCUACAUGUAGGUGAUUGCUUUCAGACGGAACCAAAUCUUUGUGAUUCAAGUUGUGCUGGGUUUCCGACCCCUGACUUGUCCUAUCAGAGAGGGGUGAGGUAUACUUACAGGUAUAGCACAACAAUUAUCACAACUCUUCAUGGCUCCAGUGCUGGCAGGAAUGGACUGGCUUUGGACUGUGUGGUUGAUAUCGACGUGGUUUCCAAAUGUCACCUAAUGAUGCAGAUUAGGAAUCCACAGAUAAAGCGGCUUUCCCCGCAGAAAGAACAUUCUGUGCAGCGUUUAAAGAGCUUGAGGGAGUCACUGGAGAGAACGCGCCUCAAGUUCUCCCUCCAGGGGGGAAAGGUCACGGCCCUCUGUCUCCAGGAGGGGGAGCAGGUGUGGGCCCUCAACAUUAAAAGGGCUCUACUGAGCAUGCUCCAGACCUCCCGCAUGGCCUCCAAACAGGAAUUAGAAAAGGAGUCAGUGCAGUCAGAGCUGCACUGUGCUCAGAAGCAUGGAUCUACAGUGAUGGAAGAGGUCAACUGUACUGAAGUUGUUUCCUUGGCAACAUGGUCCGGGACUGCAGGGCUGGUGAAGACCCAAACGGUGUCGACCUUGCUCCUGCUCAGAGCCCAGCCAGGGAACCCCUCAGGAGCAGAUUCCUUGGGUCUUGGUGUGCUAACUGACCUGCAGUUCAAGGACGAGGGGGCUGCGAUGCCAGGAAAAGCUCAAGCGUCAAAACCUCAGCAAGCCAGUGAAACUUUUGCCUACCUUGGGCUGCAGGCUGCAGUCCCAUUCAAGAAAUUAUAUGAGUAG